AUGACCUUGUGUGAUGAUGAGUCAGAAGAUGGCUAUUAUAUCCCUCACCUUGCUGUAAUGAAGGAAUCCAGCGAGACUACGAAGUGCAGACCUGUCUUCGAUGCUUCUGCAAAAACUUCCAAUGGUAUUUCGCUCAACGAUGUUCUUAUGCCUGGUCCUACAAUUCAGGACACCAUUUUCAAACAAAUCUUACGAUUCAGAACACAUCAAUAUGUUGUUACUGCAGAUAUCGAGAAGAUCGCUCCAUUCCUUGCGAUUCGUACUCUUCAUCAGCUUGCGCGAGAUGAAGCGAAAGAUUUCCCUCGUGUCAGCAAGCUUCUUCUUCGUGACUUUUAUGUCGAUGAUUUCGUAUCCGGUGCUGAUUCUAUCGAAGAAGUUUUGAGUAUCCGAGAUGAAAUGAUCGAGCUCCUAAGUCGUGGUGGGGUUGUCAUCCGCCAAUGGGCUUCGAAUCAGGUCGCUGCUCUAAGUAACAUAGGCAAGAAGAUCUUCAAUCUUGAGUGUGGAGAUUCUGAACGAGAUGUCUUCACUUUCUCUGUAAAAACUAUCGACCCUCAAGCUACGUCUACAAAAAAAAAGCUUGUGUCUGAAGUUGCCAAGGUUUACGAUCCUCUGGGCCUUUUGGAUCCCGUAAUUCUUGGUGCUAAGGUAUUGAUUCAGGAUUGCUGGAAAGCAUUAAUCAAUUGGGAUGAAUCAUUGCCACAAAACAUUCAUACGAAGUGGGUAUCUUUGGCUAACCAGCUUCCUUGUUUGCAAGAUUUUGCAACUCCUCGACACUUACUAUGUCCCAAUGCUGUCUCGGUUCAGAUCAUCGGAUUUGGGGACGCAUGCAAAGAUGGUUGUGGUGCUUGUAUUUUCAUCAGAUCAAUUGACAAAGAUGGCAAAAUUACCAUCAGGCUGGCUUGUAGCAAAUCUAAGGUAACACCUCUUAGUGGUCUUACGAUUCCUCGUUUAGAACUUUGUGCUGCAGUCAUGCUGAAAAGGUUGUAUGUCGAAUUGAAAUCGCAGCUGGACUGUCCCAUCUCACGCAUUAUUCUCAAGUCUGAUUCAAAAAUAGUGCUUUGUUGGAUUAAAAAGGCUCCUCAUUUAUUGCGAACGUUUGAAGCAAACAGAGUCGCUGAAAUCCAAACCUUAGGUAAUGAAGUCGAAUGGGGAUACGUCUGCUCAGCCGACAACCCCGCUGACGCUUUAUCGCGAGGCCAACUGCCUUCUGAGUUUAUGCCUGAAUCAGUCAACUCCGCUAUAUCUGAAAUUCCUGGAUUGAAGAAAACCACUUGUUUAAUUACCACGCUUUCACCUAGUGACAUGUACUCUCGUUUUUCUAGUUUUCAACGUUUGAUUCGAGUUGUUGCUUACAUGCGUCGUUGGAUAGGCAUAAAAGCGAGAGGCAAAAGUGUCCAACUCUUUCCUGAUACCAAAAAUAAAGAUGAACGAAUGGUAAAAAUUAGGAAAUUAGUUCCUCCUUUAACCCGUUCUGAGGUGGAAAAAGCUGAGAUUCAGAUCUUCACUAUGGUCCAGCUUGAAUGUUUCCCCAAAGAAAUAAAUCUUCUAAAGACCGCUCUGGAGUCUAGUCCAGGCAAUUAUGCAGUUCCAUUUAGGAAAAGUACAAAAUUCGAUGAGUUGAAUCCUUUCAUAGGAGAAGAUGACUUAAUCAGAGUAGGUGGCCGAUUAAAAAAAGGCUAA